CGUAAUAGCCAGCGCUAACGACAGUCACCAUUCGAUUGGCCGCCACGACUUUAAUUAAGUAGACGCUCGAUUGCGGCCGCUUGGGGCGGGUGGGCUAAGCCAGCGGCGCACAGGAAUGAGCCUUACGACAGCGUCUCAUUACAGAUCCAGUCUGCAACAUGAGCGCCUUCUUGAAGCAGGCUCGAGCGUGUUGGAAGGAGGCAGCCGUCUACUCGGACAAGCCCGAAGGAAUUUGCGCGCCCAAAGUUGACGCGAUGUUCCGUCGCUGCCUGGUGCGCGUCACCAGACAAACCAGCUGUGAAGAAGACGAGCGCGCUAAUCAGCGGAUCCGCGGCGAAGUGGACUCGCAGCGCGCCCUCUGCAUCGGGGCCUCUGCUCGGCGCGCGGCGGCGGCGCCUCCCAGCAUCGUGGCGCCGAGUGUCACCCGCUUCCUCUUCACUGGAGCAGCCCUGCUCGCGCUCUGCCGCCCCCCGGCGAAUUAAUCAAGCGGACAGCUCAGCGCUUCGCCGUGUUAUCGUAUACGUUAGUGCUCGGCAGGUCUGGACACUGAGGAACAGCGAGGAGGCGUAAAGAUGAUCGGUUAUGUACGCUGUAUUUCAAACGCGUCGCGCUCUCGUCGUUUGAUGGAAAAUAACGUUACUAUUACGAGACACGCUAUCACCCCGAACAAAAGAGGCGACCAACCGCACACGCGAUGCCAAGCGUGUGAAGUGGGGGGACCGCCACGGACGAGCGCCGCGAAUUCUGGUCUGCAUAAUGCAAUCGCACAAACUGGGCAUCUCUUGAAGCACACCGAGAUUCAAAGCAAGUGCCUCUUACGGAACGUUAUUUCUACGAGAUUAGUCA